AUGUUUAGAAUGAGCAGCCCAGAAACAUUUCCCUACGCGCCGCUCGACUUGUCGCGGCGAACAUUUCGUCUCGUUCGGCUCCUUCCACCAAAACCAUCAGUGAUACCAGGCUGUUACGGCACGCUGCGAAUCGAACUGCUUGAAGCCGAGAUCGACGAUGCCGCCAAGCCAUCGUGUGAAUACGACGCUCUCACAUACGUUUGGGGCGUCACGGCCCAAGACAAGCCGACCCGCGCCAUCAUCGUGGAAGACCGAGGCAAGUCAUACCGUCUCUGGAUCCAUCGUCCGCUGGAAUUAGCGCUCUUGCAUUUCAUCGAGAACAAGGUCUCGGAUUUGCCGCUUUUCGUGGACCAAAUAUGCAUCAACCAGGGAGAAGACAACAACGGUGAAUAUAAUGAGAAGGCGCAUCAGGUGAGUCUCAUGCGAGACAUAUACUCGCAGUGUAACCGCGCCAUUGUUUGGCUGGGAACCGCGACGCGCGGGUCGGACGAAUGGUUCAAGUAUACCCGUGAGAUAUGCCACGAAGGCUUACUGAGCGGGCUGAUGGGCCCCCGUGUCUCGACCUUUAUGCAAGUUUUCGACGCCGUCAUGGACCCGUCAAUCGAGGUGACCGGGCAGCAGCGGGAGGACCGAGAUGCGCUUCUCGAGCUUGUCCGACGGCGCGGCGACCAGUAUCCCAUAGCUGGGUACACUGACGUGCUGGACCGCAGUUGGUUCAACCGCCUCUGGACGAUCCAGGAAGCAUGUCUCGCGCCGGGGGUCAUCAUGGUGUGCGGUAGCCAGUCAUUAUGCUUCGAUUGCUUCCGUGCGGGCGCGUUAUUCUACAAUAUUUACAACACCCACUGGGUUGGCCAGCUAAGGGAGGCCAAGUCGAAAUCGGAGCUGCGCCAGCGUGAUGCCGUCUUUCAAAAGACGUCUGGAUUUCACCGGGUCUUUCAGGAGCGCAAGGCCAUUCACAUGACAGGCACAAGGCAGAGCUUCUACAAUGUCAUAUUGAAAUACAACGUCAACGAGGAUCGGGCCAAGAUUGGAGCCACGCUCCCGGAAGACAGGAUCUUUGGCCUGUUGGGUCUCACGGCAGACGACGACCCUCUGCGGCAGCAGGUUCGUGUCCGGUACAACCCUGUCGAUCCAGAGGCCGAGGUUGUAAGGAUCUACACCGAAGUGGCAGCCCUAUUGCUGGGGGACAACAUCGAUGCGUUGCUCUACGUCCAGGCCGGGAAGAAGACGAGAGGGUUGCCGUCCUGGGUCCCGGAUUGGAAAAUGGAGCUGAAACUGCCAGUGGGCUACACGUCUUUGAAAGAGCCCUUGUUCAAUGCCGGAGGACCCCGGGAUCAGGGACGAUUCCACGUGCAUCACGAAACUGGGCGGCUGACAAUUCGGGGAUGCAUCGUGGGCGAGGUGGUAGCUGUCGGUGAGCUUACGUAUCGCGAUCGAGUGGAUAGCAUGAUCCAGCGAGAUGUCGACUACCGCUGGGCAAAGAAAUUCUUUGACGAAGCUGCUCAAUUUACACGGGAUGCGGGCGCGAUGCGCAAUGACGACACGGCUUCGUUGGCUCUGCAGUCUCAGCGGGUUUGCGACUCCGGCUUGAGUUAUCAGCAAUUUGUCAAUCGACUCGGCUUAGACGACGGUAUCAAGAGGCUUGGUGUCGUUCACGGCUACUACUACAGAAUAGGGCAGCGUCUACUCGAGUCGGAUGCGACUGUCGCAAGCUACCACAUCUCGCGAAUCUAUCGAACCGUUGGCAUCACCCCGUGGUACUUCAUCCCGCCGCCCGAGAUGGACACACUGCGCAUUUGCGCUCGAGAUCCUGCUUCGGCUUGCAGGGUAUUGUGCAGUGCUCUGAGCGACUUUGUCGAGGACAUGGUCGGACUAUGCGUCGCAUCGGCUCACGUAUCCAUAUUACCCUAUUAUCUUCAACUUCGCCGGCGGUACGGCAAGGUCACAUUAUAUGUUGGCGAUGAGACUAUGAGAAAGUAUGGCCUUGAUCCUGAUCAGGGCGUGAGGAAAGAUAUGACUGCCUUUUCGGAAAAUAUUCUCAAGAAUGUCGGCCGCAGGUUGUAUCGCACGGCGACAGGGCAUGUGGGCAUAGGGCCACCGGAGAUGAGACCGCGAGAUGCAGUGACGGUGUUUCACGGGGGCACCACGCCUCAUCUGCUGAGGAGGGUGGCACGUCCAGAAUCAGGGGAUGAUGACGAGUUGUGGCAGUAUGUUGGGGAAGCGUAUUGUGACGGCAUUAUGCACGGCGAGGCGUUGGGGGCAAUUUCUGAGCGCCGCUUUACUCUGUGCUAA